CUAUAGUGAAUGACUUGUCAAAGUCGGAACGCAUCAUUUGGCGCUAUUUUACCCUGCCAUGCGCACACGAUUGUUGUCUGUUUGGAUACACAACACGAAUCUUUCUUUGCGCUGUAAAGCCUAAUAUUAUCAAAAACAUGGCACUGCCAGUAAAUGGCUGUGUACCCCUUAAGAAACCUAGACUAGCACCCACAAACCCUGUAACUGUUGUCCUGGGGUCACAAUGGGGAGAUGAAGGGAAAGGAAAAAUUGUUGACAUGAUUGCUGCUAGUGCCGACAUUUGCUGCCGAUGUCAGGUAUGUAUUUCCGUGUUUUUGCAUGUUUUUAUCAUUUUAUGUACUAUUUGCUUCCAGGAAUUUAUCAUGGACAUGAAUAUAUAUCUUAUUAUUUUCUCCUUAGGAAAUGGGGUUGUGGUACAUCUGCCAAACUUGUUUGAGGAAAUUGAAAAGAAUGCUGAGAAAGGAAUGGAGGGUUGGCAGGAUCGACUUCUGAUCUCAAACCGAGCUCACUUAGUGUUUGAUGUUCAUCAGAUGGUGGAUGGCCUAGAUACUGAAAUGAAAUUAUGUAUUGAUCUUAUGCCUGAUAUAUCAGUAAUUGGAACAACUAAAAAGGGAAUUGGUCCAGCUUAUUCCUCUAAGGCAACUCGUAAUGGUUUACGUGUGGGUGAUCUUGUGGGGGACUUCUCUUUAUUUACAGAAAAAUUCAGGAAGUUAAUAGACUACUAUAAGAGUCACCAUCAUGAUUUAGAAGUGGAUGUUAACAAGGAACUUGAGAGAUAUAAGAUCUUGCGCAACAAAGUCAAGCCAUUUGUGAGGGAUACAAUUCCAAUUCUGUCCAAGGCAAUCAAGGAUGGGAAAACAAUACUGGUUGAAGGAGCCCAGUCUAAUGUUCUAGACAUAGACUUUGGACUUUAUCCCUACGUGACGUCUUCGAACUGCAGUAUUGGAGGGGUGUGUACUGGCCUAGGAAUCCCUCCUCACUGUCUAGGGGACAUUGUGGGUGUGGUCAAAGCUUACCUCACAAGAGUGGGCAGUGGGGGAUUUCCCACAGAGCUCAACAAUGAAGUGGGUGAGAAAUUGGUGAACAUUGGGCAUGAGUAUGGAUUACACAGUCUGGCAAUAACAAAGCUGGAUGUGUUAGACGACUUUGAUGAAGUGAAGAUAGGUGUAGCAUAUGAACUAGAUGGAGAGAAAAAUUAUGACAGUUUUCCAGCUCUAGAUGAGGAUCUCUGCAGAGUAAAGGUAGAAUACCUGACAUUACCAGGCUGGAAACAAACCACAGCUGAAGCUAGAAAUUUCUCAGAUCUACCUCAGAAUGCCCAGAAUUACAUACACAAGGUCGAGGAGUUGGUCGGAGUGCCAGUGAAGUGGAUUGGAGUUGGGCAAUCCAGGGACUCUGUCAUUGAAGUCAGUUAACAUUUUCCCGGGGAUUUGACCAGUGAAGGGGGAAGCAUGGGAAUAUUUUAAAAUUAUUGAAAUCCACACCUAUAUGUUUACAAAAACUAUUGCUGUACUAAAUGGUGGUGGAACUUUCCCAAACUUGGUAAUAGACAAUUCCAAUCAAUCAUGUUUUAAUUGACAGACUGUGAUCACCAAAUUGUUAUUGUUUUUAAAUGAUGAUAAAAAGAACACUUGUAACUUUUGUUUUUAUGAUUUUUUUGGGGUUUACGUUUUAAAUGUGAAAAAAUAAAUAAAAAAUUUUGUUAUAAGAUGUUUUCAUUGGGUAACAGACAUGUUUUAAUCAAUGUCUACUUGUAAUCAGAUUUGAGGGUAUUGCUUCAUUGUGUUCAUAUUUAUAUUUUCUGUGUUAUAAAUUUAUUGAAAUAGCUGCGUGUUCAUAAAGGAGAUUUGGAACAAGUUUUAAAUCGUUUUUAAAUGUGGUCUAAUAGGGCAUUUGUGGAAAGUUAGUAGGCACUAAAUAAAUUCAUCUAGUGAUGCUCAAUUGACUGAGUUUCUGUUUAAAUGAUAAUUUUCAGACAGCUCCUAUUUGAAAACACUAUUUUUGAAGUCGCAACAAUGCAUGUUGAUUUUGAAAUCCAUCAGUUUGUUUAUUUUCUUUUUAUGUAAUAUUUCAUGUUGAUGAACACUGCUGGAUCUUAAAACAUGAACAUCACUAUAUUUUUCAAGAAAAUUUUGUACUAUUUGCUCAAAAAGGGUUCUUGUAAAAUUUUCUAGAACAUAAUUUCCUGAUUUUAUCUUUAAUU